AUGGAGAAUAGGGUUCAAGAGAUCAUAGAGCAGCAAGUGCUGAGUGUUGCGAAAGCUGUAGAGGAUAAGAUCGAUGAUGAAAUCGCGGCUUUGGAGAAGUUGGAUUUAGACGAUAUUGAAGUCCUGAGAGAUCGCCGAUUGCAACAGAUGAAGAAGAUGGCGGAGAAGCGGAGCCGUUGGAUUUCCCUUGGCCAUGGAGAUUAUUCUGAGAUAUUCUCCGAGAAGGACUUUUUCUCCAUUGUUAAGGCAAGCGAUCGCGUUGUUUGCCAUUUCUAUCGUGAAAAUUGGCCUUGCAAGGUAGUGGACAAACACUUGGGGAUAUUGGCUAAACAGCAUAUUGAGACGCGAUUCAUCAAGAUUCAAGCAGAGAAAAGCCCAUUCUUGGCUGAGAAGCUCAAGAUUGUGGGGUUUGAUGAGCUUGGUGGGAGUGAUGAUUUUAGCACUGAAGAACUGGAGGAGAGGUUGGGGAAAGGUGAAGUUAUAUUUUUUGAAGGAGAAUCAUCUUUGAAACCAUCAAAAAAGCCUCAAACAAGAAAUGUUCGACAUGGCUCCAACUCUCAUCAUUCGGAUUCUGAUUAACCUUUUCUGGUUCUAAACAAUUCUUCCCCAACAAACUGUUCGCAUUCUUCCUCUUUACCUCAUCAAGUUCCUGGAGUUGACAAAUUUUCAUUUCAAAUCAAAAGUGUAAGGGUAUUUUGGUCAUUUGGUAAUUAAUAGUCAUUAGUCAUUACCUUUUUGACAGAAAACAAACUAGGUUGCAGCUUCAAAAUAUAUUGUUGCACUUCUGGGGUCAUUUGACCAACAUUUGGAAACUCGGAUGCAUUUUCACUAGUUUCUUCAGAUUUAUGU